GGGGGGCUGCGAGUGCGGGGCGGGGGUGGGAGCGGGGCCGGGCCGGGUGUGAGGCGGCAGUGGGUGGGCGGUCAGGGUGUGAGGCGGCGCUGGCGGAUCGAGCCCGGGAGAGGCGGAGUGUGGGUCGGGGUCGGGUUGACAGACAGCUGAGCUGAGCUGAGGCUGGUCCGGGUCCGGGUCGGGCUAACAAGCGGCGGGCGGGGCCGUGCUGAAGCAGGCUGGGCCCGGUUGACAGGCUGUGCUCAUCCACCGGCUCCAGCGCCUCAGUGAGCCGAUCUCCGCCGCCCAUGCAGAUGGUCACUGCGGCCGCGACCUGUGGCAUGAGCCGGGCGUUGGGGUAACGGCCCCUCUACACUCUCUCUCGCCUCCGACACAAUCAUCACAGCCGCCGCGGGCACGGAGUUGCCGUCUCUGUCUGCCCGGGAAACCUUUUUAUUUAUUUUUGUUUUGGAACAAUUAACAAGAUGGGGAGAAUACAGACGAGAGAAGCAGCAAUUUGGCAGCAGACCAAAGCACUUCUCUACAGAAACUUCCUCAUCAAGUGGCGGAACAAGGAUCAGACCUUGCAGGAGUUGCUGUUGCCGCUCUUUUUAGUUUUUGCCUUGGUUUGUUUAAGUGAACUGGUACCUCCACAAUGGUACUCCAAGACACGAACGAGUGAACCAGAGGAUCUGAAUGACUUUGUACCCCACAAGUACAGACUUGGAUAUACACCAGUGAACAACCGCACCACUGAAAUCAUGGCAGAAGUUGCCAGACUCCUUUUUAGAGAUAAGGCACCUCUUGGCUUCAGUAAUGACCAGAAAAUGGAGGAGGCUUGCUGUUCGCAUGAUUUAACUCCACUUAUCGGCAUUUCCUUCAUCAUUCCUUUGAUUCAUCAGCAUCCUUUGAUCCAUCAGUAUCAACUUCGUUUUCCCUAUUAUGUAGUUCCAAGCACUACAGAAAAGAUUGACUACAUUGAUGAGAAAGCAAGUUGUCGUUUGGAUUCUGCCUCAUUGGGUCAGCUGACAGACUGCCCUGGCGCCAUGUACCUGUUGUCAGGGUUUGCCACCAUUCAAAAAUAUAUUGAUGUCGCUAUUAUUAAGACACAAACCAACUAUUCCGUAUGGCUGGAUAUCGUGCCUCUGCAAGUACAGAUGAUGGGGUUACCAAGUCACAUUGGUGCAGACAUAUUUUCCCAUCUUGUCACUUCACUCUACUUUGUUAUUGCUUUUGUGCCAUUUGUCAAUUUUCUGUUGAUUAAUCUUGUAACAGAGAAAAAGGAGGUGAAAGAGGUGAUGAAGGUGAUGGGCCUAUAUGACUCUGCUUUCUGGCUAUCGUGGGGCUUCUUGUACAUGAUUUUAAUCUUCAUCUUGUCUUUGGUGAUGGCAAUCAUUGCUACCCUGACAUCUCUGUUUCCAAGAAGCAGCAUACUGAUCAUCUUUCCUUUGUUGUUUCUCUUUGGAAUAUCUAUUAUUCCCUUUUCAUUCCUGCUGACUCCACUUUUUAAAAACCAGAAGGUUGCUGGCUUGGUUGGAUCCCUGCUGCUGAUGGGGUUUGGGUUAUUUAGCCUGCUGACUGUGCUGGUCAGAGAUUUUCCCGUGUCCGCAGUGUGGCUGCUUUGUCUGUUCUCCCCGAGUGCCUUCGGCAUUGGAAUCUCACAGGUUGUUCUUCUUGAAGCCCUUGGUGAAGGUGCUCAGUUCUCGAAUCUGUCAGCCAGCCCAUUCCCCUUGUACAUCCCUUUCUUCAUGCUGAUCUUCGACAGUUUCCUGUAUUUGGUUAUUGCGGUAUACCUUGAUCAAGUCGUCCCGGGUGAAUUUGGGCAACGCCAGCCUCUUUUCUAUUUUCUUCGGCCUGCUUACUGGCUCCGUAAAGAUAAACGGUACCUUCAAAUUGAUUGUGAAAAUGAAUUUGGCCAAGGAUCUGCAUUCAGUGAGGUGGUGGAAGCAGUGCCUGCAGAGUUUAAAGGAAAAGAAGCAAUCAGGUUGAUUGAUGUUCACAAGUUGUAUAAGGGAAAGGAGAAGAAGGUGGAAGCUCUGAAAGGUUUGUCGUUUGAUAUCUAUCAAGAUCAGAUUACGGCACUGUUAGGCCACAGCGGAACUGGAAAGACAACUUUAAUUAACAUUCUCUCGGGGCUGUGUCCUCUCUCAGAUGGAAGUGCAACUGUUUAUGGAUACAGAGUUUCUGAAUUAGAUGAAUUAAUUCAAAUCAGAAAGAUGAUUGGUGUUUGCCCACAAUUUGAUGUCCUGUUCUACAGUCUUACAGUGAAGGAACAUUUGAAAAUAGUUGCGAUGAUAAAGGGAAUUGCAUCAAAAGAGGUUGAUAAAGAGGUGUUGAAUAUCAUUAAAGAACUGGAUAUGGAAGCAAUUAUGGAUAUUCGUGCUGAAAAACUCAGUGGUGGACAAAAGAGGAAGCUCUCAAUGGGAAUCGCCAUUUUGGGGGAUCCUAAGGUUUUAAUUCUUGACGAACCAACUGCGGGGAUGGACCCGUGUUCUCGGCAGCAGGUCUGGGCCUUGCUGAAGAAAAGGAAAGCAGGAAGAGUGAUACUACUGACCACUCAUUUCAUUGAUGAAGCUGAUAUUCUGGCAGAUCGUAAAGCUGUCAUCUCACAAGGGCAACUUAAAUGUGUUGGCUCCUCGCUGUUCCUAAAAGCAAAGUUUGGUGUGGGUUACAAUCUCAGAAUGGCUGUGAAUGAAUCCUGCUAUUCUGAUAAAGUGACAUCGUUAAUUAAGCACCACAUCCCGAAAGCCGAGUUUUCACAGCUGCAUGAUCUGGAACUAGCCUAUGUCCUACCUCUUCAGGAUGUUAACAAGUUUGCAGGGCUAUUUGAAGAUUUGGACAGCCGUACCAAUCUGGGAAUCAACAGCUAUGGCGUGUCCAUGACAUCUUUAGAAGAGGUUUUCCUGAAAUUAGAAUCAGAAUCUGAAAUGGAUCAAACAGAUUACACUGUUUUUACCAGGGAUCCAGCGCCUGAUGUGAUAGCAAACGAAGAGGAUGUUUGCAUUGAUUCAAUUGAUCAUCAACUCUUGACCUUUCCCGAAACGAAUUCAGCAAUGUUGUCCGGCAUUGCUCUGUGGGAACAGCAGUUCCGUACCGUAACCUGGUUACGUUUUAUGAAUUUUAGUCGAGAACGCAGUACACUUCUUUACAUCCUUUACAUUAUUGGCCUUUUAAUAUCCAUCGUGGUUAUGAUGGCGUUAAUAAAUGGUACACUUAGUAGGAAGGAUAUUGAGGUGGAGCUCUCCCCAGAGUUGAUUCAUCUGCAACGAGGUCAAAAACAGCUCAAGCAUACCACAAGCCUCCUCCUGAAAAACUCCACAGGCGGUAGUAUUGAUAAACUUAUCCAUGGUUUGGAAGCUCAGAAAGUGAAGGUGGAGUUGUACAAUAACUUCACAGAUGCCACUCCACACAACGCAGCAUUAAAUGUGUCUCUAGCAGAAGAGGGGCGAUAUGCAUUCACUGCAGUGUUCAACAGCACCAUGGUCCAUUCGCUGCCUGUCUUGAUCAACUUGAUCAGUAAUGCUGUCCUCAUUAGUGUGAAUGGAUCUGAGAGAAUUCGAACCUGGAGCAAGCCAUUCCACUUAACGCUGACUGACACUGACUUUAAGGAGAAGGUUUAUAUGGCCUUGGCAGUGUUGGGAUUCCUUUCAGUGGCAUUGCCCGGGUGUUACACCAUGGAUAAUUCACGAGACCGUGAGAUUAAAUCUCGCUCUCUGCUCCGGAUAUCUGGUCUGUUUCCUUCUGCCUACUGGUGUGGCUAUGGAUUGGUGGAUAUCCCCGUGUAUUUCAUCUUGCUUGUGUUCAUGCUUGGCUUUGUGAUUGCAUUUAAUUCCACAUUCUUGUUUCAUCUGGGUGCUAUAAUUUCAAUGAUGCUGUGUCUGAUUGGCUGGGCCCCAGCGAUGACCCUCUUCUGCUAUGCUUAUUCCUUCAGGUUUGAUCGGAUACAGUCUUCUCGAGACUUUUUUAUGAUCUCUUCAGUCAUGAUCAACAUAGCUUCAGUCAGUCUAGUGUUCAUAGUCCGGCUCAUACUGAAAGAGACUGCUGCCACUAUACUGCACUGCAUAUUCUCUGUCUUUAUUCCUCCUUAUGUAAUUACAGGAUGCUUAUACUUCACAGCCAAAGUAUUUCUGGAUCAUAAGGAUGAGCCCAACCCAACAUUAGGAACCUACCUGCAAUGGGAAAAUAAUAUCCUGAUAACUAUCAUCUCACCGUACAUUCAGUGUAUAGUUCUACUAUUUGUACUACGGCGACUAGAACAGAUUCAUGGAGGAAAAGCAAUUCGAGCAGAUAAAUGUUGCAGAAUUCUUCCUUCAAAAAGGAAAUUCAAACUCAACACAGAAGAACCCGAGAAUGAGGAUGAUGAUGUCAAAGCGGAGAGGGCGAGGGUUCGAGAGGCUUUAACCUGUCAGAGCUGCGAGGAGAAACCAGCGAUUGUGGUCAAUAAAAUGCGUAAAGUUUACUCGGGAAAGCUGCAGACCUGCAAAUGGUUUUCAAAGAAAAAAAGUAAAAACACUGUGGCAAUCAAAAAUGUUUCCUUUUGUGUAAGGAAAGGUGAGGUUCUGGGAUUACUGGGCCCAAAUGGUGCUGGGAAAAGCACUACGAUAUCCGUGAUAACGGGAGACCUGGAACCAUCCGCCGGGCAGGUGUUGAUGGGUGAUUAUUCAGCUGAUGGUUUGCAGAGAGAAAGCUCUGCAGAGACCAUUGGCUACUGUGCACAGAUAAACCCACUCUGGUCUAAGAUUACUGUGCAAGAACAUAUGGAGAUAUAUGCAGCUAUCAAAGGACUUACUAAAGAAGAUGCAGCAAGUGCUAUUAAACGCAUUGUAAAAGCACUUGAACUGAGGGAGCAUCUUCAUAAACCAACAAAGCAAGUCUCCACUGGAAUAAAGAGAAAAUUGUGCUUUGCACUGUGUAUGCUGGGCAAUCCUCAGAUUGUGUUAAUGGAUGAACCAUCCACUGGUAUGGAUCCUAAAGCUAAACAGUUCAUGUGGAGAGCAAUUCGUGCUGCGUUUAAGGACAGACAGCGCGGCGCUAUUCUCACCACCCACUACAUGGAGGAAGCUGAGGCUCUCUGUGACCGCGUGGCAAUCAUGGUGUCGGGACAACUGCGGUGUAUUGGCUCCAUUCAGCAUUUAAAGAGCAAAUAUGGCGGUGGAUAUACACUGGAAAUGAAACUGAAAGAUGAGACAAAUGAAUCGCAACUAAAAUCUCAGCUUCAUGCAAAAAUAAUGCAGAUCUUUCCCCAUGCUUCUCAACAAGAAAGUUUUGUUGCAAUGAUGGCGUACAAAAUCCCCAAAGGCGAUGUAAACUCUCUAUCAAAAGCAUUUGCUCAACUUGAAGAAGCUAAACACAGUUAUAACAUAGAAGAAUAUAGUUUCUCACAGUCAACACUGGAGCAGGUUUUUAUGCAGUUCGCAAAAGAACAAGAAAAUAAUGAAGAGGAUUAUAAAGUUCUGAAUACAAGCUUUCGGUGGCAACAACUUCAACAAAACGAGUGUUAAAAUGAUUCAGAGUUGCUCUUCUGCCUUAUGACAAGAAAACCUCUUUAUGGUAUUAGGUUGAUGUUUAUUAAAUUAAAUUUCCUGAUUGUUGAAGCCAAGAACAUUUGGGAUGACGAAUACUGCACCAGCGAAGGCAUGCAAUUAAAACAAUCGUUUCAGAUGUCUGGCAAGUGAUAUUCAUUCUGUCCAUGUGUUGCAGACACAAGGCGACCGCAAAAGAAAAUAUACUGCUACAUCAGAAAACUCUCAACCUGGAAGUGCUUUAUUUAUUUUAAUUUAAGCGGAGUUAAGAUCUUAAUACAUUUAUAUCUGACAACCUGCAUGUUUAUUGUGCCAGAGAUGUUCUCUAAUAUGAUAAAAUAAUAUUUUCUAAUAUACAAGCCUUUGCUGUUUAUACCCUUUGCUGCAGCAAUAAUUCUCCACAAGGUGCAUUGCACGAGGUUCUUUUUUCUCAGAAUUACCGUUGGCUGAUGCUCCCACAUUUCAAAUCCAAAUCAGACAGUCCUCAUGAAUUUGUUUUUACUACUUUUUUGCGUGGGCUAAAGUUGACAUAGAUCGAACAUGGCAUACAACAAACAAAAGUGAUAUUUCAUUUCAUUUUUUUAACUAUAAAUUAAUACAUUUGUUUCUAGAGUAAUAUUAAUAAUCACAGAUAAUGUUGUGAUUAUUUAUAAUAUGCUUUUAUACAUAAUACCUCUCAGUAAUUCUUCAACAAACUUUCCAGGCUAAAAAGGAAUGGAUAUUGGUCUGCAAUAUUAUACAUAAAUUCAAAUUUUACAGGUUAAAUUUGUAACAAUUUUACAAUAUUUUUUCUACACCACAUAACUACGAAGCAAAUCAUUCAGACCAAAUUUAAGUGUAUGUACUUUCAUAAAUUACAACUUUUAUUGUUUCUUCUUUAUAGUUAGUAUGUAGAAACCUAACCUGCUCGGCCAAAGGUGUAUGAAAAAAGAUCUUGUUUAGUGAUGGUUAGAUAUUGAUGAACUCUUAUUGAUCUCAAUCCAUCUACCAGAAUGUACGUUCAACAAGGCAGAGCCAUGUAGCAGUGUAUAAUGUGUUGUAAUAGCAAGUUGAAUGAGGGGUUUUAAAACACAAAGCCACCAUGCUGUCCAUCCUAUUUUGUUAGUACAAACAGCUAGUGUUCACAGUAAGAUGGUGAAAAGAUUCAUUGCCGUUUGCCAAGACUGUUGACACUCCUUUAGUAACACGUUUAAGUAACCAUCCUGAUAAUUUCACAAAAACGACAGCACAAUAUAAAUUAUGGCUGUUGAUUCAUUUAGAAAAGAACAAUGUUUUAGCUUCAGCAAUCAUAUUUGAAUUUGGAAUAUUCAGCUAUAUUUUUUUUAAUAAGGACCAACUAAUACAUCACAGAUCAUUAAGAUUUUGUGAUCACCUUGCACACACCUUUUGUAUUUUGGUGUUUUAUGCCUUUUGUAAUUUAUAAUUUUAAUUUUUAAGUUAAUUCAAAUGAGCAGUGUUUUGUGAAACCUUGGUUUUAAUUUUGUAAUUGAAUGUGCAGCUGUUUCUUUCUUGCUAAUAGCUGCCGGCAGAUAUGGAAAAUAUUAAAACAUAAAUGUUUCCAGCCAAUUGGGCCUGGGUACACCAAGGUGUUUCUGAACAAUAUGAUUAAAGUUACUGCUACUAAGGAA